AUUUUGUGAAAAGGGUAUAUGCAAAAUGGUUUAUCAUUUUGUAUCCAAUGUGGUUGAACCCCCUGCCAUCAUAUAUGUUGGGAAAGACAAAUUCGAGAAUGAGGACCUUAUCAAAUAUGGCAUAGAGAGAGAUGUCUGGUUCCAUGUUGAUAAUCUGUCCAGUGCUCACGUCUAUCUCCGCCUCCAAGAAAAUGAAACUUGGGACAACAUCCCACAGCAACUCCUGGAAGAUUGCGCGCAGCUUACGAAGGCAAACUCGAUAGAAGGGAACAAAAAGGACAAUAUAACGGUCAUAUAUACACCAUGGUCGAACCUCAUGAAGGAUGGAUCUAUGGCAACAGGCCAGGUCUCUUUCCACAACCACAAACUGGUCCGGAAGGUUUACGUCCACCAACGGGAGAACCCCAUUGUCAACCGACUGAACAAAACCCGCGUUGAAAAGUCUCCCGACCUGAAGGCGGAGAAGGACGAAUACUUGAGGAAGAAGCAAAAGGACGAACGUAAGGCAAGAGAGGAACAGCGGUCCAGGGAGAAGCUGGAGAGAAGGGAAAGGGAACAGUUGAAGUGGCAGAAAGAACAUGCUUAUGAUGACCUGAUGAGCGAAGAAAACAUCCAAGCGAGUAGCAACCAAGACCGGGACCCGGACUUCCUUGAUGAUUUCAUGUGAUGAAGAGGUGAAUUUGCGGCCAGAUUGGAAUUAAUUGUUUGACUUAAAGGGUAUCGCUUGGAAAUCCGGGAUAUGUAGAGCUGGACAAAUCGCAGUUCGGUUUUCCAUGCCGAGGAUGGCUGACUUCAACCAUAAGGCUCUUCAGUCCAACCACUGAGGCUCAUGAUCUCAUUGCGCGCAUACUUCUGAUAUCUAACGAUCGCGGGCGAUAUGCUCCCCCAGAGCAUAGCUUUCCGAGGUACGGAGUAGAAUGCUGAUCGU